AUGACUUUAGACUACGAAAUUUACAAGGAAGGCGGUAUUUUGAAUAAUCGAUACCAAAAAAUAGACGAUAUCAGUGAAGGUUCAUAUGGUUAUGUGUCACUAGCUAAAGACGUUCGGGAAAAAAGAUUGGUUGCAGUCAAGUACAUUUUUAAAUUGGAAGAUGAUGGCCAAUAUGAAGGACCUGAAGAUGACGACGAUGAUUGCAAUGAUGGCAAUUGUGACGAUUGUGAUGAUGAUGAAGACACCAAAGUUGAUACUGACUGUCAUGAAAAUGAAGAUAGUAAUGUCGCCAAUAAUAACGGGUCAAGUAGAGAGAAAAAACAUAAUCUGUACAAGCAUAAAAAGUCUUUGAUCUCUUCAAAAGUCAAAUCAAGACUUUCCAACAAUAUUUGCCUUGAAGCUAUGUAUGAAGUUGACAUUCAAACGAAAAUCGGCAGACACCAUAAUAUUGCGGGAUUGCUGGAUUUCUUUGACUCCUACAUCAUCAUGGAAUACUGUUCUGGUGGUGAUUUAUAUGAGGCAAUCAAAGCCGAUGCUGUUCCCAAGAAAACCAAAUCAAUCACCCAUAUUAUUACGCAGAUCAUGGAUGCCAUCGAAUACGUUCAUAAUAAGGGUAUUUACCAUCGUGAUAUAAAGCCUGAGAAUAUUUUAAUUUCUGGAAUUGAUUGGGAAAUCAAACUUACAGAUUGGGGAUUGGCUACUACAGAUAAAACUUCCAUGGAUAGAAAUGUUGGCAGUGAAAGAUACAUGUCUCCUGAAUUAUUUGAUAGUAACUUGGAUAUUAAUGAAAGAAAGGAACCUUACGAUUGUGCCAAGGUGGAUUUAUGGGCUAUGGGCAUUGUUUUCCUUAAUAUUGUUUUUCAUAAGAAUCCUUUUAGUAUUGCUAAUCAAUCUGACAAAUCAUUUUGUUACUUUGCUGCUAAUAGAGAAGCGUUGUUUGAUGUGUUUUCCACUAUGGCUUACGAUUUCUUUCAAGUGUUAAGAUAUAGUUUAACCAUUGACCCUGCUAAUAGGGAUUUGAAUAUGAUGAGAAGCGAACUGCAAAACCUAUCCGAAUACACUUUAGACGAUGAAUACUAUAAUAACCUGGAUGAAGGUUAUGAAGAAACUAUGCUUGAUGGGUUGCCUCCUCAACCUGUUCCUCCAUCUUCUGCGCCCGUAUCGCUACCCACCCCUAUUUCAUCUAGCAACAAACAACACAUGCCAGAAUUCAAAAAAGAUUUCAAUUUCAAUAAUGUGAAUGAAAAAAAACGUUCAGACAUCUCUCAAUAUCAAAAUACUGCUAACAACUUCUUCAAGAAACCGUCUACACAACAACAAAAAUUUUUCAGCCAGGGUUAUAAUGGUACGACACUAUCUCCUCACGAAAGGGCGAAAUCAGCUCCUAAGUUCAAAUUUAAAAAGCGCAAUAAGUACGGGAAAACUGAUAGUCAAUUUACUAAGCCAGUCAGUAUUGAAGAUAGAAAGAAAAGUAAAAUUCUGAAAAAAUCAAGGAAACCUCUUGGCAUUCCAACACCUAAUACACAUAUGAAUAGUUUUUUCCAUGAUUAUAAGGCAAAGGAUGAGUUCAACACUAGAGAUUUUUUCACUCCUCCAAGCGUCCAGCAUAGGUAUAUGGAAGGAUUCUCCAACAACAAUAAUAAACAGUAUAGACAAAACCGCAAUUAUAAUAAUAAUAACAGCAGCAACCACGCAAAUAACUAUAAUAAUUUCAACAAUGGCAAUAGCUAUAUAAAGGGCUGGAACAAAAACUUCAACAGAAACAGAAGACCUAGCUCCUCCAGUUAUAGCGGCAAAUCACCGCUUUCAAGGUAUAGCAUGAGUUAUAACCAUACCAAUAAUAGCUCUAUUAAUGGAUACGCAAGGCGUGGUUCCACCACCACAGUUCAACAUUCCCCAGGCGCUUAUAUUCCACCAAAUGCUAGAAAUCAUCACGUAAGUCCUACGAAUCAAUUCUUAAGGGUUCCACAAUCGACCGCACCCGAUAUUUCCACUGUUUUAGGAGGGAGAGCACCAUAUCAUGAUCACUACAAUCAGGAUAAUAUGGAUUCGGAGGGCGAUCAUGAUUCAGAUGACGUUUUAUUCACUCUCGAAGAAAGUGAUCAUGAUUUUGUCAAUGGCAUGGAUAACUUAUCUAUAAACGAUCACUUAUCACAUACAACAACAGGUGCUCCUAAUGAAGUUUUUGCUCAUGCCAACAACAGUCGCAGUCACAACAGCAGCAGUAGCCACAACGACAGCCAUAAUAUUAGCCCUAAUAAUAAUUCUAAUCAUUAUCAAAGACAAUAUAUUCCACCUCCUUUAUCAUCAUCAUUGCAUAUCAACAACAACAACAACAACAACAAUGAAUCUAACGAACUACCAGAUUUACUAAAAUCACCAACAUCAUCUGAAGCACAUUUAAACUUAUCUUCCGGACCAAUUGAUCCAAUUUUAACGGGUAAUAUUCAAAAGCGAUAUUCACACUCGUCUGAUUCUAAAGAACAAGAACAGGAGCGUAGACUCAGUAUGGAACAAAAAUUCAAAAGUGGUGUUUAUGUUCCGCCUCAUCAUAGAAAGAGUUUCAACUUGGGAACACAGACACCUUCUCUAAAUAUGAAAACAAGUAACGAGGCUACGUUGUCAGUUUCGCAUAAUUCCGUUAACUUUGGUGGAUCUUACAACUCAAGGCGUUCUAGUAUCAAUGAAUCGAAUCCACUGCAUAUGAAUAAGGCACUUGAGAAGUUGCCCGCUUCGCCAGGAACUAAGAACUCCUUUGUUGGGUUUCCUAAACCUCUCUUACCACGUAAUCAUUCAAGCACUACGAUUGCGUUACAAAAUGAAGACGUAUUUGCGGAUUCCAACAAUGAUGCAAUAAUUUUCGAAGACGAAGAAUACGAUGAAGAAAGUGACAAAAUGACGCAUGGAAAGAUGGAAGAUAGUGGCAACGAAUCAUCGUCAACUUCUCCGGAUGAAAGGCAAAUCUUUGGUCCAUACGAAAUUUAUGCACAAACUUUCACAGGCCCAACACACGACAAAAAAUUAGGAGCUGGUAGAAAGUCUAGCAUUCAAGAUGAAAUGGUCGGAUCAUUAGAACAAUAUAAAAAUAACUGGUUAAUUUUACAACAACAAGAUUAG